UUUGUCACUUGUUUUUCAGCUCCAUUUUUCUCUUAUUUGUGCUGGACUAACAUCACAUAUUUUCCUCUGCAUGUCUCCUCCACCCACGGCUCCUCCUCUCACACACACACACACACACCCACCCACCCACCGCAGUUUCUAAUUGGGCUUCAUUACCAUUUCCUUUCAGUUUUUCCCAGCAGGACUCUCUGACCAGGAGGAACAGCUUUCACUGGUCACACAUAUACGAACAUCACCGUCGUCGUCAUCAUCAUCAUCAUCAGAAGCAGCAGAACUUCAAGACUUCAGUGCAUCAUCUGCCUUGAGACUGCAAUGACCUCACUCAGACUCUUGUCCCUGUUCCCCUCCCUCCUCGUCCUACAAGUCCAUCUUUCCAACCAGUUAGAGGACAAUAAGAUCCCCCCCAGUCUGUGUACUGGCCACCCUGGUAUCCCAGGCUCUCCUGGGGUUCAUGGCAGUCCUGGUCAGCCAGGGAGAGAUGGGAGGGAUGGGAGGGAUGCUGCUCCUGGGGAAAAGGGGGAGAGAGGGGAGAGAGGGGCCCCAGGUGAGACAGGAGUGCGAGGCCUGACUGGAGACAGGGGUGACCCUGGAGAAAAGGGGGAAAGGGGGCAGCCGGGCGAGUGUGCAGUGGCUCCUAAAUCCGCCUUCAGUGUCAAACUCUCUCAGGGCCAAACCUCGCCCCUGAAUGUGGGCGACGCAGUCCGCUUUGACACCAUCCUGAUCAAUGAACAGGGCGACUACAACUCAGAGACGGGACGCUUCACCUGCAAAGUCCCUGGAGUCUACUACUUUGCCGUCCACGCCACGGUGUACCGCGCCAGCCUGCAGUUCGACCUGAUGAAGAACGGACACGCUGUGGCUUCUUAUUUUCAGUUUUAUGGCAACUGGCCUAAACCAGCAUCUCUUUCAGGCGGCUCCCUGCUUCACCUCAUCCCCGGCGAUCAGGUGUGGGUGCAGAUGGCUCUCUCAGAGUACAAUGGAUUUUACUCCAGCACCAAGACAGACAGCAGCUUCACCGGCUUCUUGGUGUACUCGGACUGGAAAAACUCUGCUGUGUUUGCCUGACAUGUGCCGCUUUUAUUUCCUUACUGAGACAUUCUGGACAGACAAGUGAAUCAUCCGUGACACGAUACAGCUGUAUUUGUGUAAUAAAUAAAGAACACACCAGGCAAUGUAACCCGAAUAGCACAUGGUGUACUGAGGCGCACACAAUGAACGGUACAGUUUACUCUGUGUCUGUUCUGCACUUUCAGCUUUUAAACUGCUGACAGUUAAUUCUUCUAACAGAUGUCAGGCCACAAAUUCUCAAACAGCCUUUAUGCCACUGUUCUAUUGCAUUUUGUUUUAGUGUCUACAGCUCUAACGCGAGACAUUAAUACAUUUUUAGACUUUUGAAAACACACUAGACUGAAGUAUGUCUCUGGCCAUGAAUGAAAGUGGAUCAGGCAUUAGGCUGGAGCUGCACAGUUAACUCCAAACAGGAAAGUCGAGACUCUUUCUGAUAACAUCCCUGCCUGAUUUUAAGAGGGAAAAGAACUCAAAUACUUCACUGAAGACAAAGUGCAAAUGGAAAACAGUAAAACUACCCCUGAUACUGCUACUUAAAAAAAGCAAUGCAUGAGAAUGAUUUGAAAAAUAUACUCUUAUAAAUGUGUUAAAAGCCCUCGUUCUGCUGUGGAUGUAAUCUAGUGUAAGAUAAUAGGGCUAGUAAUAAUUAUAAAUGAAUGGAAAAUCUGGAA